AUGGGGACCUGGAUUUUGUUUGCCUGCCUCUUGGGAGCAGCCUUUGCUAUGCCCCUACCACCUCAUCCUGGGCACCCUGGUUAUAUCAACUUCAGCUAUGAGGUGCUCACCCCUCUGAAGUGGUACCAGAACAUGAUAAGGCAGCCGUACACUUCCUAUGGUUACGAACCCAUGGGUGGAUGGCUGCACCACCAAAUCAUUCCCGUGCUGUCCCAGCAGAACCCCCCGAAUCACGCCCUACAGCCUCAUCACCACAUCCCCGUGGUGCCAGCUCAGCAGCCCGUGGUCCCCCAGCAACCAAUGAUGCCAGUUCCUGGCCAACACUCCAUGACUCCAACCCAACACCACCAGCCAAACCUCCUUCCGCCCGCCCAGCAGCCCUACCAGCCCCAGCCCGUCCAGCCGCAGCCUCACCAGCCCAUCCAGCCCCAGCCACCCGUGCACCCCAUCCAGCCCCUGCCGCCACAGCCACCUCUGCCUCCGAUGUUCCCCAUGCAGCCUCUGCCCCCCAUGCUUCCUGACCUGCCUCUGGAAGCUUGGCCAGCAACGGACAAGACCAAGCGGGAAGAAGUGGUGAGUAUAUCCUGA